ACUUGGUUAGUUUUCCCACUCGCUCUGGCAGCUCAUUUUCACCUCACUCACUUCAUCCCUGAAAGAACUAGCACGCAACCCCUCUCUGGCUCUUCCCCGAAACCCUAGCCCUCUCCUCCUUCCUCUCCCGCUCUCUUUUAAGUGAACGAGAUAGAAGACGACCCUUUUCGGUACACAACGUCAGCUUUAUCGAUGAGAUGGACAUUCUGGGCGGCUCUGAAGAUGGGGACGGAUUGGACCUUGAGGGCCAGUUGGUCACGGUCUGUCUGGGAAGCAAAGAGAUCGAGGUGGAGGAGGUAUUGGUUUCUGGGGUGGUAGGUGGUAUCGAGGAGGCGUAGGAUCUGACCCAAGUCGCCUUUAGACCCGGAGAGGAGGUGGGCCAAGGAAGGAGGGGUCGAAUCGGAGGAGUUGUUGUCGUGGUAGACGACGCGGUGGCUCUGUUGGGUCGGGAGAGAAACUGGUCGGGUGGGAUAUGGGGGUUGGGGGACAAAGGUGGGGAGGAGGAAGAAGAGGGUGGGGAGAGUGUGGCGUAGGUGAGGAAGGCGGAGGAGGAAGCGAGGGUGAGGAAGACGAGAAGGGCGAAGAGGUAAAAGGUAAAGAGAGCGGGAGGAGAGCGGAGGAGAGGGAGGCGGUGGUGGCCGUGCUCCAAGGCGCGUUGAUUAUGCUCCGGUUGUCAACCAAUUGGGACUGGUUCGUCAGUCUCACUGUUGAUGGCUACCCUUUUCUCAAACAAGACGAUCUUCUUCACAUUAUGUCAUUUCUACCUAAAGAUCUGAACUUUGUGAACCAUUCAUUGGCUGGAAAGAGUAAGGUUGAAGAGAUUGAAACCAGUAAUUGUUGAAGAGAUUGAAGCUCAGUUUUCAGCCCGGUUUGGUCCAACAAUCAACUACCCAGCUCUUUCUUUUAUCUGAUUAUCAUGUAAUUGGGAUCAAUUGAGCUCAAAGUCGUAGACUUUCACUGACCCACUAUACAGAUACUUUUGUUCUUGAAAGUUUGAUUUAGCCAUGGAUAAACUCACUGAUGCAGAAGCUGCUAGUCCUUCUUUAAGUUUAUUUGCUGCAUUGUCAUAUAGGGCUGCUUCCAUGGCCAUGGUCUUUAUCAACAAAGCUGUUCUUCUUAUGGAGUACUCGAAUUCAAUGACACUUCUUACUAUGCAGGUGCCGGUAGAAGUACCUUAUUGGAAUCAAGUCUUCAAGGACCCAGGAUGGGCACUGAUGGUGGAUAUUGGAAGGGGGAAGGCGAGAAAUGAAGGUUCUGGGAAUGGAAAUGCUGAAUCAAGAUCAUACCUUGAAAAGAAGCUCGUAUUUUGUUUUGGUUCGCACAUUGCAGCACAAAUGCUACUCCCUUUUGGAGAGGAGAACUUGCUUUCUUCUUCAGAGUUAACGCAAGCACAGGAGAUUGAUUUCAUUCUAUGCUUUCUGCUUUUCAACGGUAUUAAUAUAGCUACACGGGUGGUUAUUCAGUAUGGGUGGGGACCUGAUGAUAGUCCUGCAAUAUAUUAUCACAGCAAUGCGUCUACUGCUUUAAGCAUGGGGAAUAACCAUGAGUAUGAUAUGGCAGUUAAAGUUGAAAAGAUCCAUGAUUUAGCACAUUAUAAAGCUAAAGAAAUGCUCCAUCGAAAUGAGUGGUAGCAGCCAAUACACCCAAGCGGAUACUGAUCAAGUGCGAAAUGAGUGGGGGAAGUUUGAUGUCAACACCUAUGUGCAUGAGCCAUGAAGUAGCGCGCUUGAUGCUGGUCCAUUUUUGCUAAGGAAAACAUCUUUUUUUGUGCUUCUCUGCUGGUACAUUGUCAUGCACCAUGUGUUGCAUGUUUUGGAACAAUAGAUAUAUAUGUAUCAGCUUUUUGAUGUCCCAAGUAGAUGGGCAUGCACUAGAAUGCUUCUCUUGUUUAAAAUGUUGGGUUCAAUGAUUAGUGGUUUGCAAUGUUUAUA